AGUAUGAUUUUGGCGGGACAAACUGCCAUCAGCAGUUCAAUUUCCACUCUCUCGAGCGGUCUUGCAACCGCCCAAACAACGAUUACAGCUGCCAUCGCCGAUCUCGACAGCGAUGUAGCGGCAGUCAACACAGCAGUCUCUGACGCCAAAACAAUGAUCCUCUCAGGUCAAUCUACCAUAAAUACGAACAUUGCCGACCUGGAUUCUGAUUUGCAAACGGCAAAAACGAUGAUCAUCAGCGGACAAGGCACUAUCAAUACCAACAUUGCAGGCAUUUCAACAGAGCUGUCUACCGCCAAAAGCAUGAUUUUGGCGGGACAAACUGCCAUCAGCAGUUCAAUUUCCACUCUCUCGAGCGGUCUUGCAACCGCCCAAACAACGAUUACAGCUGCCAUCGCAGAUCUUGACAGCGAUGUAGCGGCAGUCAACACAGCAGUCUCUGACGCCAAAACAAUGAUCCUCUCAGGUCAAUCUACCAUAAAUACGAACAUUGCCGACCUCGAUUCUGAUUUGGAAACGGCAAAAACGAUGAUCAUCAGCGGACAAGGCACUAUCAAUACCAACAUUGCAGGCAUUUCAACAGAGCUGUCUACCGCCAAAAGUAUGAUUUUGGCGGGACAAACUGCCAUCAGCAGUUCAAUUUCCACUCUCUCGAGCGGUCUUGCAACCGCCCAAACAACGAUUACAGCUGCCAUCGCAGACCUUGACAGCGAUGUAGCGGCAGUCAACACAGCAGUCUCUGACGCCAAAACAAUGAUCCUCUCAGGUCAAUCUACCAUAAAUACGAACAUUGCCGACCUCGAUUCUGAUUUGGAAACGGCAAAAACGAUGAUCAUCAGCGGACAAGGCACUAUCAAUACCAACAUUGCAGGCAUUUCAACAGAGCUGUCUACCGCCAAAAGUAUGAUUUUGGCGGGACAAACUGCCAUCAGCAGUUCAAUUUCCACUCUCUCGAGCGGUCUUGCAACCGCCCAAACAACGAUUACAGCUGCCAUCGCAGAUCUUGACAGCGAUGUAGCGGCAGUCAACACAGCAGUCUCUGACGCCAAAACAAUGAUCCUCUCAGGUCAAUCUACCAUAAAUACGAACAUUGCCGACCUGGAUUCUGAUUUGCAAACGGCAAAAACGAUGAUCAUCAGCGGACAAGGCACUAUCAAUACCAACAUUGCAGGCAUUUCAACAGAGCUGUCUACCGCCAAAAGUAUGAUUUUGGCGGGACAAACUGCCAUCAGCAGUUCAAUUUCCACUCUCUCGAGCGGUCUUGCAACCGCCCAAACAACGAUUACAGCUGCCAUCGCAGAUCUUGACAGCGAUGUAGCGGCAGUCAACACAGCAGUCUCUGACGCCAAAACAAUGAUCCUCUCAGGUCAAUCUACCAUAAAUACGAACAUUGCCGACCUCGAUUCUGAUUUGGAAACGGCAAAAACGAUGAUCAUCAGCGGACAAGGCACUAUCAAUACCAACAUUGCAGGCAUUUCAACAGAGCUGUCUACCGCCAAAAGUAUGAUUUUGGCGGGACAAACUGCCAUCAGCAGUUCAAUUUCCACUCUCUCGAGCAGUCUUGCAACCGCCCAAACAACGAUUACAGCUGCCAUCGCAGAUCUCGACAGCGAUGUAGCGGCAGUCAACACAGCAGUCUCUGACGCCAAAACAAUGAUCCUCGCGGGACAAACAACGAUCAACAGCAAUAUUGCAGACCUCUCGACUCAACUCACCACCGCUGUAAACGGGUUUACGACGCGGCUGAACACCAUCGACACCAAACUCGACGCUCUUGAGACUGGCCAGCAGGAGAUUUGCGACAAAAUCGAGGCCCUCGACACCAAGCUCGACACCAUCCUCGCCAAGCUGAUGGACGGCAUGACGACGAGCUGUCCCGACGGCGCCGUGGCGAGCGGUGGCCAAUGUUUCACCAUCUCCACGGAUAAAGACAGCCUGGAAGACGCAGCUGCAGCCUGUGAAACUAACGGAGGAAAGCUAGCUACUAUGACAGCUGAAAACGCAGCCGUCAUCUACGGUCUCGCAAACAGCGUGUCAAACAAGAAGGUCUGGAUUGGGCUAGUCACAGAAGCUGGAGCCUGGAAGUGGGAGGACGGAAGCGCUUACGGCGCGUUCUUGGACUGGGAAGGCGGCACGGAGCCGGCUGCCAGUGAUAUGCGCUGCGGCGAGGCGGUCGCGACGUCCAGCACCGAGGGUAGCUGGAAUUCACAGCCGUGUACGUCUAACAGGAACUUUAUCUGCUCUAGCGCUGCCACGUAGGUGAUGUGUGUGUGUGUGUGUGUGUGUGAGAGAGAGAGAGAGAGAGAGAGAGAGAGAGAGAGAGAGAGAGAGAGAGAGAGGUGAAUAGAGGGAAGUGCGUUGUAACAGUAAAUAUUGUUGGUGCUGCUAUUGUAGUAGCAGUGUUCGCCUUUUUUGUUGUAGCUUAAAAUCUGUCAAUCCGUAUCAGAACAGCUCUUCUGAUUAAACAUAGUUCAUAAUCAUUCACUUAUCGUGUCGACCGUUGUCAUUGCUACUGUACAUAUAAGAUCUGUUGGUAAAUUUGUCAUUAGCUCCUUCCAUUCCACGUGAAUGACGACGCGGAGCUACUUUUGACGGUUACAUCGAUAUUGUGUCGCUGUUCCACGCGUGAAAUUGCUUGCAAUAAUAAAAUGACU